UAAGAGAACCUAAGCUCUAGAAUAAAGCCUCAAAAUGCAUUAACACCACCACAAGCACGAGCACCUCUAAACCCUUGCGGACUUCCCUCUUCUGUCUCUCAUCUCGUUCUCAAAGUCAUUCGCUGUCUCUGAUGGAAGACGACGACGAGUUUGGAGAUCUGUACACGGACGUCCUCAAACCUUUCUCCUCAACAUCGUCUUCUGCUGCUCCGCAGGUCCACCUUAUCUCACCCGCACCGCCGGUUUCCCUCCGUCCGAUCGAUCUCAAACAAGAAAACAUCAAGAACAGCGGCAUCAUCAACGAUGGCGGCGACGAAGAGAUCAUGUACGAAGCUGGCCGUCCCAAUUCCAGUACUCAGGUGCAAACUCACCCUCCUGACUCACCGGCCCCCGCUAAAGUCGGCGGUUUCGUGUUGAAUUCGACUGGCGGCGAUGCAGUGCCGGAUAAUUCAGCUGGUGGAACGAGGGUGAGAGAGGACGCGAAGUUACUAAGCAGGAGUGAAUUACUUCCAGCAGAGGAUACGGACAUGGAAUUUGACAUUGAAGAUGGGAUUACCAAUCAGGGGAUUCCGGGGCUAUCAUCCUCUGAUCGCCACGAUGAGCUGAUCAAUCUCGGGAACACGGACGACGCUAGAGAAAAGGAUGAUGUAGAGGGCCGUGGCGGUGAAGAAGAUGACUGGGACAGUGAUAGCGAUGAUGAUUUGCGGAUAUUGUUAAAUGAUGUUAACCAAGGGCCGAUGGGAAUGAACAGUGGAGGGCUAAUAGGCGAUGACGGCGAUGACGAGGACGAUGGUGGGCUGAACAUUGUGGCUGAUGGAGACCCGCCGCAUCAGGUAAUGGCAGAGCAGGAGUGGGGCGAGGAUGCGGCAGCAAAGGUGGCUGAUGGAGAGAAGAAGGAGGGAGGCGAGGCCGGGAAGGAUAGUGCUGCAAAUGCUGUAGUUCCAAAGAUUGGUUAUAGCAAUCAUGGGUAUCAAUAUCCCUUUCAUUCUCAGUUUAAGUAUGUAAGACCUGGUGCAACACCAAUGCCUGGAGCUAGUACUGUUGGUCCUGGAGGAGCACCUGGACAAGUUCGUCCACCUGUAAACAUAGUUCCUGCUGCUGGUAGGGGUAGAGGUGACUGGCGACCAAUGGGAAUGAAAAGCUUUCAUCCAGGUUUUGGAAUGCCAGGCAGGGGCAACAAUAUGGGUCGGGGUUUCGGUGGUGGACUGGAAUUCACACUUCCCUCUCACAAGACCAUAUUUGAUGUUGACAUUGAUACCUUUGAGGAGAAACCAUGGAAAUAUCCGGGUGUUGAUAUAUCAGAUUUCUUCAACUUUGGUUUGAAUGAGGAGAGCUGGAAAGAUUACUGCAAACAGCUGGAGCAACACCGUUUGGAAACUACCAUGCAAAGCAGAAUUCGUGUUUAUGAAAGUGGAAGAGCAGAACAGGACUAUGACCCUGAUCUGCCUCCGGAAUUAGCAGCGGCGGCAGGAAUUCAUGAUGUUACUGCUGACAAUGCAAAUCUUGGGAAGCCAGAUGUUGUGCAAAGUGAUUCAGCAAAAUUACCGGCACGUGUGCGGCCCCCAAUUCCAACUGGAAGAGUGAUACCGGUAGAAGGUGGUUCUGGUGAACGGCUUCCCUCUAUCGACACGCGACCUCCUCGAAUUCGUGAUUCUGAUGCAAUUAUUGAGAUAAUUUUGCAUGACUCUUUAGAAGAUGAGUACUCCAAGGGAAAUGUUGUGGACAGCGACCCAACAAAGGGUGAUCUCAGAGGAAGCCCCACGGAUGAAGAAGAUGAUGCACAGAUGGUCAUGGGAUAUUUUGCUUACGAUAGUCGAAAGAGGAAGCUAGUUAGGAGGACUCCUCCCUAUAUGGAUUCUGUCACUGAUAAAGCACCUGAUAGAGAUGGAGUUGUGUCUUUUCCUUCAGAAGCACCUCUUCCCUAUUCUCCAAGUUCUCGGGGCCAGACUCUUUUGUAUCCUAGUGGGAAGCCUGGUACCCCUGAGGAGAGGAGGACACAAGGAAGAGCUCGUGAAAGAUCCCCUCAGCAGACUCCUAGUGAAAGUACACGCGAUAAUAAGUUCCUUGAUAAUGAUGAGGAGGAAGCGGUUGAAAGCACGGAUGCCAGGCAUGGUUCAAUGUUAGCAUCUCCUGUCACAGUCAGGGAUGAACUGGAGGCGAGUGCUGAGCAUAAAGACAUUGUGCAAGAUGAGAUUGGGCUGGCUGAGGGCAACUCUGGAGUGGAAAAAGACAAACUGAUCUCCUCUCCAAAUAACAUGUCUAGAGAUGGAACUUCACAUCAUGCUAUGAAGAACCAAAAAUUGAGUUCUCAGGUCGAACAACCUAGAGUUGAAGAACCUGAUGAUGCAGAGAACUCAAAGGCUGCAAGAAGCAGUGAGAAUAGCAAAGCAAGAUCAGGCAGUAGCAGAGAUGAUCAGAAGUCACAGGAUGGUGUUGAGGAGGAAGUUAUUCAAGGUCAUUCUACCCGCUCUUUGAGCAUCAAGAGGCACCUUGAUGAAAAUGAAAAGAUUUCCCACAGAAAGGAUCGUGAUAUUAGAUACGAAGUGGAUGAUACAAACCGCGUGGUAAGCAGAGGGAUGGAGGAUUCUUAUGCUUCAAGAGACAUGGAUCCUAGGUUGUCUCAUCGGUUGUAUAUGAAAAAUGAGGGUUUUGAUAGGCGAAAGGAGCGAAACAACCCUGAUGGAGCUUGGCAACGGAGGGAUGAAGAUCCUCAGGCGAGAAAAAAACAUGAAGAUACAAGGAAAAGAGAACAUGGUGAAGAAAUGGGAACCAGGUACAGAGGAAAGGUUCGGGAGAGUGAGAGGGGUGACAAAGAUGAGCAUUUUCAUUCCAAAAAACAGUUGGAUAAUGGAAGCUAUAGAGUUCGUUAUGAGAAGGAUGUUGGAUCAGAGAACAGGGAAAGAGAUGAUUCCUUGAAGAAUAGGUACGAAAUUGUGGAUGAUUACAAUAACAAGAGAAGGAGAGAUGAGGAGCAUUUGAGGAGGGAUUUUGCAGACAAAGAAGAGAUCUUGCACGCACACAGGGAAAGCUCUAGUCGCCGAAAGAGAGAAAAGGAUGAUGUUUUGGAUCCACGGAAGAGAAAUGACCAACAAAGAGUUAGAGAUAAUAUUGAUGAUUACCACUCUGUUAGGCACAAAGAUGAGAUUUGGAUGGAUAGGGAGAGGGGGGAGAAGCAGAGGGAGAGAGAGGAGUGGCACAGGCUUAAACAGUCCCAUGAAGAAAAUCUUCUCAAGAGGGAAAGAGAGGAAGGACGGGCUGCUAUGAGGAGUGGGCGUGGGGCAGAUGACAGAGCAUGGGCCGGCCAUGCCAGGGCAAGGGAUGAAUAUAAAGGUUCUGACAAGGAGAUCCAACUUAAGGACACCUUUCGCCAUGGUGAUUUGAAGAGGGAUGAAAGCUUUUCUCAUCAUAGGGGACGCGACGACGUCUACCUACGCGGAAGUCAGUUUAGUCAUGCAGAAAAAAGAUCUAGACAGGAAAGAUCAAGCUCUCGUAAUGACCGUGGUGUCAGUGCUUCUGAUAACCAAAAGAUGCAUGAGAAGAAGCAAAAAGAGAACGUGAGGAAGAACAAGGAAUCUGAAGCUGGAGAUCACUACACUUCAUCCUCUUCUAAGCGAAAUCAAGAAGACCAGAGCGGUCUUAAUGAGAUGGGAUUCAAAGGCAUGAGUGAACGACGAAAUGGUAGCAGUAAGAUACCAACACAGCAUGGCUCUUCGAGGAAACAUAGGGAAGAUGCAUCCUCAGAUGACGAACAACAGGAUUCUAAAAGAGGCCGUUCUAAAUUGGAACGUUGGACAAGCCAUUUAGAGAGGGACUACAGUAUCAACAGCAAGUCAGCUGCAUCCCAGAAGUUUAAAGACAUGGACAGAAAGAACAGUGAUGGAGCGUCAGAAGCCGGCAAACCAGAAGAUGAACCAAUUAAAACAGUCGAUGCUGUUGACUACCAACACCCAUCGGCUGAAGAGAAUAGUGCUGGGAAUGUGGAGUCUAAGGAUGGAGAUGCAAAACCGAUGGAUGAUCGACACCUUGAUACCGUUGAGAAGUUGAAGAAGCGAAGUGAGAGAUUCAAGCUUCCAAUGCCAAGUGAGAAAGAUGCCCUGGUGAUAAAGAAGAUAGAGAGUGAAGCUCUGCCUACUGCCACAAGUGAAACUCCCACGGAUUCAGAAAUUAAACCGGAGAGGCCAGCUCGGAAGCGAAGGUGGAUCAGUAACUAAGAGUUGAAUAACGGAUGUGCUGCCUUAUGAUUCUGAGAGGCCGUCUGCUUCACCUUAUUCUUUUAAGACAUGGAAUCAUCGGAGAUCUUUGAAUUACAGUAAAAUAUAAUCAUGUAACAAUGCUGCUGCCGUACUUUUUUUUUUUGGUAUUCUGUUGUAUAUACUAGUGAUUGUGACGAUAGAUUGAUAACUUACGGUGGCACAGAAUCACAUUUGUGUCAAAUAGACAAAUACAACAGUAUUGCUCCGAUUUUAGGUUCACUCGCCAGAUCAGUAAAAGCUGCUAGCAGGAUCCGCGACUGUAUGUAAGCAAGUUCUCUGGAGAUUGAGGGAGUAAUCCCCUGAUGGCCCCCCUCCUGUAAUUCUUCGACUUGUGAAGGUGGAAGUGAAGCACAAGAAAUCAAUGGAGAUGGCAGACUUAAUCAAGGUAGAUUUGAACAAUGAUGUUGUAUAUUUACAUUCAUCAUGCAUGUCGAUUAGUUUUUAUCAUUUUAUACUGACGGCAGAAGGCCAGCAUACACAAAUUAGAAGUACUUUUGUAUUUCGAGGAAUUAGCAGAGUUAAAGAAGAUAAGAGAGCAUUGA